AUGGACGACUACACUCUCCCCUUCUGGAUUUACCUGGGGGUCCUGGCCGUGUUUGUGGGUGGAGCCAUGAAGAAGAUGUUGGCGUCCCACCUGAGCACCGCCCCCACCGUGGUGGCGUGGCUGGGGGUCACGGUGCUGGUGGAGCGCCUGUGGUCGUUCUGCGUGCCGGCGCUGAUGCUCCUGAUGCUGCUCGGCCUCGCCUGGUGCCUGCACGCCAUCGCCAGGACCCGGCCGCCGCCCCCCCCUCUGUCUGCACAGGGCAAGGCUGUCUUCAUCACAGGAUGCGACUCUGGGUUCGGGAAGGCGACUGUGAAGCGUCUCGAUUCGAUGGGCUUCGAAGUGUUUGCCACGGUGAUGGAUCUGUCAGGAGAGGGCGCCAGAGAGCUGCAGAGGACCUGCUCGCCCCAGCUCACCCUCCUGCAGGUGGACAUCACCCAGCCGGGGCAGGUGGACCAGGCCCUGCUGGACACCCGGGCCAAGCUGGGCCUCCGAGGUCUGUGGGCGCUGGUGAACAACGCUGGAGUGUGUGUGAACUUCGGAGACGCCGAGCUGUCGCUGAUGUCAAACUUCCGCGGCUGCAUGGAGGUCAACUUCUUCGGCACGCUGAGUGUCACCAGGAGCUUCCUGCCGCUGCUGCGACAGGCCAAAGGUCGCAUCAUCACCAUCUCCAGCCCCGCCGGCGAUCAGCCGUUUCCGUGCCUUGCAGCGUACGGAGCGUCCAAAGCAGCUCUCAACCUCCUCAUCGCCACCCUGCGCCACGAGCUGGAGCCCUGGGGGGUGCAGGUGUCCACCAUCCUGCCGUCCUCAUACAAGACAGGCCAGUCCACCAACCAGGCCUACUGGGAGAAGCAGCACGGCCGGCUGCUGCAGGGUCUGAGUCCGGCGCUGCUCCAGGACUACGGCGAGGACUACGUGACCGAGACCAAGGACUUGUUCCAGAGCUACGCCAGCCACGCCAACCCCGACCUGACCCCGGUGGUCGACGCCAUCGUCCAGGCGCUGCUGGCGCCGCAGCCCCGGGUGCGGUACUUCGCGGGACCCGGCGUGGGGCUCAUGUACUUCAUCCACAGCUACUGCCCCUCCAGCAUCAGCACCCGCUUCCUCCAGAAACUGUUUGUGAAGAAGACGCUGAUGCCGCGCACGCUGAGGAAGCAGGCGAGCUUCGACCUGAGCCUCAGCCUCCACAACAACAACAACAACAACAACAACGAGGAGGAGAAGCUCAAGUAGCUGUGGUGGAAACGACCAGAGGACCAGUUCACACAGCUGGGACAUGUUCAUCUGUGUGCUGGUCCAACUGUUGAUGGAUCCUAGUGAUGCACCAACAUUGUUUAUUUUAGUUUAUGUAGUGUCUGGCCCUGUGGCGCCCCCGUGUGGACGGUACUGAC